AUGGUACUUAUUAACUACACAAGACGAUUAUUAUCGUUGAGAACAAAACGGGACGUUCACAAAGUUCCUCGAAACUUUGAUCCGUCAUUGCAUCCAUUCGAGAUUCCACGGGAGUACACUAGAGCACUAAAUGCAACGAAGUUAGAGAGAGUAUUUGCCAAGCCAUUCAUAGGCUCACUUGAAGGCCAUCAAGAUGGUGUGCAUUGCAUGCUAAAACACCCUAAAAGCUUAUCUACAAUACUAUCUGGUGCAUGCAAUGGCGAGGUUAAGGUAUGGAAUCUUCCAAGCAAGCAAUGUCAGAGGUCCAUAUCUGCACACAGUGGUUUUGUUAGGGGACUUUGCAUGCAACCUGAUUGUCAGAGCUUCUUCUCUGUAGGAGAUGAUAAAACUAUUAAGCAGUGGAAAAUGGAAUCACCUGCAUAUGGAGAGCUAGAAGAACCAGUCAUGACGAUUCUAGGAAAGACGAUGUUUUUGGGUAUAGACCACCAUUGGAAGGAACCUUUCUAUGCAACCUGCGGUGAUAGGGUGGAUAUAUGGGAUGAAACCCGCACAGAACCAAUGAGAAGCUUUACGUGGGGUCUCGAUAGUAUCACAUCGUUAAAGUUCAAUCACGUUGAGACAAAUGUACUUGCAAGCACAGCAAAUGACAGAAACAUAGUUCUGUAUGACAUGCGUGGAGCCACACCACUGAGAAAGGUGAUUCUGGAAAUGCGAAGUAACGCUAUAGCUUGGAAUCCAAUGGAGGCAUUCAUCUUCACUGUAGCAAAUGAGGAUUAUAACCUUUACACAUUUGAUAUGAGAAAUCUGUCCUCGCCCACAAAUAUCCACAUGGACCAUGUUUCAGCUGUGUUGGAUGUGGAUUAUUCUCCAACGGGUAAAGAAAUCGUAUCAGGCAGUUAUGACAAGACCAUACGGAUUUUCCCUGCAAACAAAGGAAGAAGCAGGGAGGUGUACCACACGAAGCGGAUGCAGCGGGUCACCUGUGUGCGCUGGACGAUGGAUAAUAAGUACAUCCUGUCCGGAUCGGAUGAAAUGAACAUUCGAAUCUGGAAAAGUGCGGCAUCAGAGAAGCUUGGAGUGACGACUGGACGAGAGCAGAUGAGCAAGCAGUACAAUGAGAAGCUGAAGGCGACGUUCGCCCACCACCCGCAGAUCCGUCGCGUGGCACGCCACCGACACGUGCCCAAGUCACUCUACAGCGCCUCGCGUGAGAUCCGCAUCAUACGCGAGUCCAAGAAGAGAAAGGAGAAGAAUGCUCGUGCACACAGCAAACCAGGGACUAUGGAGAUUGUACCAGAAAGACAGAAGCACGUCGUGGGUGAACACGAGUAGGCGAAAUAGUCUAGCAGUACGUGUACAAACUGGAACAGCAGAAGAAUGCAUGCUUUUAAGUGCAAAAUCGAUAAUAGCAGUAGAGGUGAUGCUGAAAGCAACGCAUUAAAUGUGUGAGAAUAACCAGUUUACAGUUCUUUAUUAACAAAAUGUGUAAUUAACAUUUAUAUGUAAUAAUCACUAAUACAUGAAGAAAAAUCACUGGUACGAAUCACUGGGUAGAUUAAAGCAAUGCGGAUUUGAAUUAACGCUGGAAAACCACGGGAAAAUAGUUGGAUCUCUAAAUACUCACGAUCCUCUACGAGAAAGGUUUUUUAUUUUUAGUAAUAAACACCCAACUUAUCUGUCAUGAAUAUAGUAUCAAUUAUUGUUUUUAAAAAGAAAGAUAGUAUGGAGUAGACUACGCAUAAAAGGAAUCUAAAUGAUCAAGAUGUCUAUAGUAAGCUGCACGUAUGUCUGCGAUUUAACAUGCCGAGCGGAAAACUGCUUUGCUCUAGUUCUAAAUGUGUUUUUACACAGCAUUAACAGCAUUGUUCAAGGUUCCAGAGACGUGUAAUUAAUGAAAAAUGUGAAGCGUCAUGAUCUGCUGCAAGAGAUCAACUGAUAUAACUACAGUUUACAUGCGUUUUGCACAUGCGGUACUGCUAUUGAAUCUGAGACGACCAUCUGUAUAUUAUGUAUAUAUGCUACACGUUAUAACGCGAUUAAGUGUAGAAAACUUUCACAUCUUCAUGGUGAAACUCUUUUUCAGUUCGUAAAGGUUUUAAUAAAGAAUAGGGUAUCACGAAAAA